AUGAGUUCCGGGCAGCAGAGGCAGAGUGGCUCUUGCUGUGGUGGUGGUGGAGGAGGCGGCUCUUCAUGCUGCGGAGGUGGCAGUGGAAGUAGUGGAGGAGGCUGCUGCUGCUGUUGUGGUGGAGGUUCCUCUGGAUCUUCUGGUGGAAUUCAACAGGUGCGAGGGUCUGGAUCCAGCUGCUGUGCUGGCGGAGGAUCGAGCAGUGGCAGUGGACAACAGAUCAUCGUAGUAUCUGGCGGCGGUGGAGGAGGACAGUGCUGCGGUGGAACUGGAAGGAGCAGUGGACAAUCUUCUGGAUGUUGCAUUGGAGGAGGGUCUGGUGGGAUAUCAGGGGGUGGAUUAAGUCAACAAAAGAUUCCAUUAAUAAGUGGGGGGAGUGGAUCUGGUGGUGGAGUUAAGGUGAUAGGAUCAGGUGGAAGCAGUGGGGGAUCUGGCUGCUGUAUUUGUGGUGGGUCUAGUGGUGGAGGUGGUGGCUCAGGGGGUGGUGUUAAGGUAAUAGGUGGGGGAUCUGGAAGUUGUGGAGGAGGUGGUGGCUCAGGGGGUGGUGUUAAGAUUUUAGGUGGUGGUGGCAGCAGUGGUGGCCAAAGUUCAGGAUGCUGUGCUGGAGGAGGGGGUGGCUCAGAGGGUGGUGUUAAAGUAAUAGGUGGGGGAUCUGGUGGAUCAGGGGGCGGUGUUAAGGUAAUAGGUGGGGGAUCUGGAAGUUGUGGAGGAGGUAGUGGUUCAGGGGGUGGUGUUAAGGUAAUAGGUGGGGGAUCCGGUGGAUCAGGGGGCGGUGUUAAGGUAAUAGGUGGGGGAUCUGGAAGUUGUGGAGGAGGUGGUGGCUCAGGGGGCAGUGUUAAAAUUAUAGGUGGUGGUGGGAGCAGUAGUGGCCAAAGUUCAGGAUGCUGUGCUGGAGGAGGGGGUAGCUCAGGGGGUGGUGUUAAGAUAAUAGGUGGGGGAUCCAGUGGAUCAGAGGGCAGUGUUAAGGUAAUAGGUGGGGGAUCUGGAAGUUGUGUAGGAGGUGGUAGCUCAGGAGGUGGUGUGAAGAUUAUAGGAGGUGGUAGCAGUGGUGGUGGCCAAAGUUCGGGAUGCUGUGCUGGAGGAGGUGGAAGUAGCUCAGGUGGCAAGACCAUCAUUGUGCCAUCUGGUGGUGGCAGCAGUGGUGGCCAAAGUUCUGGCUGCUGCAUUGGAGGAGGGUCCGGUGGGGGCUCCCAAUCUAUGCAGCAAAAGCUGGGUAGUGGUGGCCAGAGUUCUGGCUGCUGUAUUGGAGGAGGGUCCAGUGGUGGUGGUGGCUCAAGUGGCCAGACCAUCAUAGUACCAUCUGGUGGUGGCAGCAGCAGUGGUCAAAGUUCUGGCUGCUGCAUUGGAGGAGGGUCUGGUGGUGGCUCAGAUGGCCAGACCAUCAUAGUGCCAUCUGGUGGUGGCAGCAGUGGUGGCCAAAGUUCUGGCUGCUGCAUUGGAGGAGGGUCUGGUGGUGGCUCAGGUGGCCAGACCAUCAUAGUGCCAUCUGGUGGUGGCAGCAGUGGUGGCCAAAGUUCUGGCUGCUGCAUUGGAGGAGGGUCUGGUGGUGGCUCAGGUGGCCAGACCAUCAUAGUGCCAUCUGGAGGUGGCAGCGGUGGUGGCCAGAGUUCUGGCUGCUGCAUUGGAGGAGGGUCCAGUAGUGGCUCAAGUGGCCAGACCAUCAUAGUGCCAUCUGGUGGUGGCAGCAGUGGUGGCCAAAGUUCUGGCUGCUGCAUUGGAGGAGGGUCUGGAGGGGGGUCCCAGUCUAUGCAGCAAAAACAACCCCUUGUAAUCCCACCCUGCAUAAGUCAAACCAAGCAGUCCUCCCAAUGGCCACUGGGUCAAAAGUAAAUCCCUUCUUCUUUUUUUUCACCAUGUCUUCUUUUGGAGUGUAAUCAAAUCAAUGUGUCCAAAUUUCAAAUUCUUGAAGUAUCACCUGAAGCAAGCUAAUCCUUGCAUGUUACUCUGCAAUCACUUGCUUAUCUUCUCUCCUGUAUUUUUUAUUGCAUGUGCUAUCAUCUGAAAAAUGUGAUUAUUUGUACCACUAUAGUGGAGGAGGUUAGCAUUAGCCUCCAUCAAUUUCUUGCUUCUGUCUCCACUAACACAUUGGAGACAAUACAGCAGACUUGAAAAUUAAACCAAAAAA